AUGGCAGUGCAGUCAACCCUACGGGGCUCCGCGGCCGAGGAGGCCAUCGCGUCCUUCAUCAACAAAUACACGGAGCUCAUACGCUCCAAACUGAAGACGACGACCAGGACCACACGUCUUCUUGCGACCCUUGCGCUUGCGACAUCCAUCAUAUUAUCUGGCGAGGGUACGCGGAGAUGGUGGAAACGCAGACGCGAGGAUAGGGAGCAGGGCCGGAAGCUGGUGCGCACCAACUCAUGGUUGCACAACAAGGACGGAUCGAGGACCAUUUACGUGCCCUACAAGGACGGCACCUCCAAGGUCGUUAUCCAUAGCACGAAACCGCUCACCUUCGAGGCCCAUAGACGUCUGUUCCUGAACCCUCCAAGGGUCUCGGGUCUCGGCGACGGUCAUGUCCCUUCGGCUCAGACGAAACCCGGCCUAAAUCUUGCCUUCCUCCAUCAGUUCCUCAGCCUGAUGAGCAUCAUGGUUCCUCGAUGGAAGAGCAAGGAGGCCGGCUUGCUUGUCAGCCACGGAAUCUUCCUCAUGCUCCGUACUUACCUUUCCCUGGUUGUUGCCCGCCUCGAUGGUGAGAUUGUGCGUGAUCUGGUGGCUGGCAAUGGCAAGCAGUUCCUUUUGGGUAUUGUCAAGUGGUGCGGACUGGGCGGUUUUGCUUCCUAUGUCAACGCUACCAUCAAAUACCUCGAAUCCAAGGUGUCGAUUGCUUUCCGAACACGUCUCACUCGGUACAUCCACGACCUGUAUCUGAACGAUAACCUCAACUACUACAAACUUUCGAACUUGGACGGUGGAGUCGGGCAGGGAGCGGACCAGUUCAUCACUCAGGACCUGACUCUGUUCUGUGCUGCUGCCGCCAAUCUUUACUCCUCGCUCGGAAAGCCCUUUGUCGAUAUUUGCGUGUUCAAUUACCAACUUUACCGCUCACUCGGCCCACUAGCCCUCACCGGUCUGCUGAGCAAUUACUUCCUGACGGCUAGCAUUCUGCGUCGACUCUCGCCACCUUUCGGCAAACUCAAGGCAGUGGAAGGACGAAAGGAGGGUGACUUCAGAGGACUACAUGCGCGCCUAAUCGCAAAUGCGGAGGAGAUUGCAUUCUAUGGCGGCGCCGAGAUGGAGAAAACAUUCCUGAACAGGGAAUUCAAGUCUCUCAAGAACUGGAUGGAGGGUAUCUACAUGCUCAAGAUCAGAUACAACAUUCUUGAGGACUUCAUCCUCAAGUACAGCUGGAGCGCUUACGGCUAUCUUCUCUCUUCCCUUCCUGUCUUCUUGCCAGCUUGGGGAGGUAGUGGAGGGUCAAGCGAGCAACAGGCAGAACACGCCGAGAAGCACGGUCGCGAACGCAACCGCAUGAAGGACUUCAUUACCAACAAGCGUCUCAUGCUCUCGCUUGCUGAUGCUGGUGGACGUAUGAUGUACUCCAUCAAAGACCUUUCAGAGUUGGCCGGUUACACCAGUCGCGUGUAUACACUUAUCUCCACUCUUCACAGAGCUCAUGCGAACGCAUACUACGUCAGAGGCCGCGAAAACGAACUCUACUCGUUGUCGGACGUACAGGGUACUAUCCAGAAGGGCUUUGAUGGUGUCCGCCUGGAGAACGUGCCCAUUGUAGCUCCUGCGCUGUGGCCGCAAGGAGGCGAGGAGCUUCUCGAGUCACUUUCCAUGGUUGUCCGUCGCGGCGAGCAUCUCCUGAUUUCUGGACCUAACGGCGUGGGUAAGAGUGCGAUUGCGCGAGUGAUUGCUGGGCUCUGGCCCGUGUAUAGAGGUCUUGUGAGUCGACCGAAGAACAAUGGCGAGGACGGCAUUAUGUUCCUCCCACAACGGCCGUAUCUCAGCAUCGGUACGCUACGUGAUCAGGUUAUCUACCCUGAUGGCGAGGUCGACAUGCGCGAGAAGCGCAAGAACGAGUACGACUUGAAGCGCGCCCUGGAUCAGGCGCGUCUUGGAUACUUGCCUGAGCGUGAAGGCGGCUGGGACACCCGCAAGGAGUGGAAGGACAUUCUUAGUGGCGGUGAGAAGCAGAGACUCGCUAUUGCUCGCCUGCUUUACCAUGAGCCACAGUAUGCCUUCAUCGAUGAGGGCACAAGCGCCGUUUCCAGCGAUGUCGAGGGCCUGCUUUACGAGACUUGCAAGGAGAAGGGAAUCACAUUGAUUACCAUCUCGACUCGCGCCUCUCUCAAGAAGUACCACAUGUACAACCUCGUCCUCGGCAUGGGUGAGCGGGGCGACGAGUGGGAGUUGCAGCGCAUCGGUACCGAGAGCGAGAAGAUGCAUGUUGAGCGUGAACUGCAUGAUCUUCGCGAACGUCUUGCGCAGGUCGAGAAGUGGAAGGCACGCCGCGAGGAGAUCGAACAGGAGCUCAACAAGGUGUGGGUUGAGGGCGGCGAGAAUCUUGCCCCGCCCCCAUACGCUGAAAAGGAGGGCGAGGGACAGGCCACACAGACAGAGUCCGAAAGUACCCUUGAGCAACGCUCGAUCGGCGACUCGACGGUCGAGAUUGUUCGUCCCGAGGAGGUUCGCCCCGAGGAGGAAACCGAUCAGACGGAGUAUGAGGAGGCUACGCAGGGCGAGCACACGGAAACGGAGGCGGAGUAUGAGGAUGCCACCGAGACGGAGAACUGA